UUUCUCUUCGGGAAACGUAGAUAGACAUGGCAGCCACCUUUCUCAGCAGAUUUGGAAGGUCCCUUUCUUGUAUUUCUAGGAGGGGCUUUUCGACUUCUUGCGAUGACAAGCUUCUCCUGCCAAACGGUAAAUCCAUGAACCUCUACUCUGCGAUCAACCAAGCGCUUCACACCGCCUUGGAAACCGAUCCUCGUGCAUUUGUAUUUGGUGAAGAUGUGAGCUUUGGUGGCGUCUUCCGUUGCACAACAGGUUUAGCUGAUCGAUUUGGUAAAAGUAGGGUUUUCAAUACCCCUCUGUGUGAACAGGGCAUCGUUGGGUUUGCUAUUGGCCUAGCUGCGAUGGGCAAUCGAGCCAUAGCAGAAAUCCAAUUUGCAGACUAUAUUUUUCCUGCCUUUGAUCAGAUUGUCAAUGAAGCUGCAAAGUUCAGAUACCGGAGUGGGAAUCAGUUCAAUUGUGGAGGUUUAACAAUAAGAGCCCCUUAUGGAGCUGUAGGCCACGGUGGACAUUAUCACUCGCAGUCCCCUGAAGCUUUCUUCUGUCAUGUUCCUGGUAUCAAAGUGGUCAUCCCUCGAAGCCCACGGCAAGCAAAAGGGUUGUUGCUGUCCUGCAUACGUGAUCCAAACCCUGUCGUGUUUUUUGAACCAAAGUGGCUUUACCGAUUGGCGGUAGAAGAGGUUCCUGAGCAUGAUUUUAUGUUGCCUCUAUCAGAGGCAGAGGUGAUUCGAGAAGGCAGUGAUAUUACGCUUGUUGGGUGGGGAUCUCAGUUAUCUGUAAUGGAACAGGCCUGUCUUGAUGCUGAAAAGGAAGGAAUUUCUUGUGAACUGAUAGACCUGAAAACUCUAAUACCUUGGGAUAAGGAAACAGUAGAAUCCUCUGUCAGAAAAACUGGAAGACUUCUUAUUAGUCAUGAAGCUCCAGUGACAGGAGGCUUUGGGGCUGAAAUUUCCGCUUCUAUUGUUGAACGUUGUUUCUUAAGGUUAGAAGCCCCUGUAGCCAGGGUAUGUGGUCUGGACACCCCCUUCCCUCUUGUUUUUGAACCUUUCUAUAUGCCUACAAAGAGCAAGAUGUUGGAUGCAAUCAAAUCAACUGUAAAUUACUAGGCGCAUUAGUAGCUGUGCUGCUCUAUGCUACAGACAUUAUUGUGUCGUCUUUGUCAUCAUCAUGCAUGUCAAUAAGGUAAUUCGUGCCUCUAGGCUCUCCAAUGACGAUGAGUACAGGAAUAAGAAAUUCAAAGGGUGCUCCUCUGUCAAUGUAUUUUAUUGUGAAAAACAAGACUGAUAAUUUGAGUUUUAUACUCAGUCAUCCUAACCUGGAAUAGAUGGAAACGAACGUACGAGGUGUGGUACAUUUGGGUGCCCAAAUUUGUCCAAUACCCCAAAGUGAUGGCUGGGUUUAUCGAAAUUAUCAUUACCUGAUA